AUGCAAUCAUUCGACCGCUCGUUCGACUAUUCGGGCGUCUUCAGCGCCAAUGGCGCAAUCCGCAGCAACGGUCGUUGCACUACGACCCAGCAGAAGCGCAACGUCGACGAAGCCCUUGCGGAGAUGUUCGAGUUGACCAUGACUGCUGAGAUGCUGAACCUCCUCAAGUUCAGACUCGGAUCCGAGGGGGUGCACACCUUCUGCCACCAUCUGAAGCUCCAGCUGGGAUGGUCGCACCACUGGACCGAUGCGCUGUUCACCAAAUUCUUCUGCGAACUCGUAGACGCCCGCCAGGAAUACCACGUGCGACCCACUGCGCCCUUCGACUCGAAGGGUCACUGCAAGAUGGCGUUGGCGAUCGACCAAUUCGUUGAGUUCGCCAACAAGAGGGAGGAUCGAAGAAACGUGGUCGAAGCGUACGACCUCUUCAAACAGCUCGGCGGCAACGAGGAGGCCGAGCAGAAGAAGCAUCAGGAGGAGCGUAGCUUUGACAUGGCCGACGUCGAGAAGCAGGUCGAAGUCAUCCAGACCGACGUAUUCAUGGUGGAUGCGAUCAACAACAUCGGAAUCUGA